CAACAGCUGACGAAGCAGCAAGACGAAGCGAACAAGCAAUACUUCGUGCGUAUGGAAUAGAAAAUUGGAAAAAAGGCAAACAGCACAGUGAAAAAAUUGAGCAGAAAAAUGAGGUGUUCAAUACAAUUAUUUGGCUAAUAAGAAUAUACAAUUGGAGCCAAAAUAAACCAAAAUUUUGACAAAGUCAACGCACAAACGGGCUAUGCAAUUGCUGACAAACAAAAAAACAACAAAAAAGAAAACCUCAGAUACGUUGUCGUUGCUGCUGCUGUCGUCGCAUUUCGUAUUGAGCUGAAAGAAGCCAAGAAGAAGUCAGAUGACAGAUGUAAAACCUAAAAAUCGACGUGUGAAAUUUGUGAAAUUCUCGAAAGAUAAAGAUAACAAACGAAUGCUGGGAUAUUGGUGCAAACACUAGUAAAUUAUACAACAGCCCCCCAAAAAACAACUGGGUUCCACCCGCCCCAUUCCCCCCUUCAAGAACGAAACUGGUUAUACACACAGCAACGACAGCAAAAACAACGACAACAACGGCGACGACGAACGCGACGAAGGAACGGGAGCAGCAGCAGCAGCAGCAGCGAAAGGCAGUUCGACGCAGCGGCGGAGAUUGAGGGCAAAUGGAAAAAAUCAAACUAAAAGUGAUUGGGGUGCUGCGCGAGCGCGACGGUGGCACGAAUGUGAAUAGCAGUAGCAGCGUCGUCGGCGGCGGCGGUGGCGUCGUCUCCUCUGCUGGCGGCGUUGGCAGUCAUCAGGUGGGCGUGGGCGUGGCCGUCGCUAUCGGGGUCACGCAGGACAAUGGCAAUGGCAAUGGCAACGAUAGCAGCGGCAAUGGCAACAUCAACGGCAAUGGCAUCGGCAACGCCCCUCCUGCUACUGGUGCUGGAACUGGAGAGCGCAACGAUACAGCAAAUGGACUGAAUGUAAUCGGCAGUGCCAACAAUGGCAGUGCUGCAACAACGGGUGCAGGGGGUGCGGCACGCACCUCAAUACUCUCACGGCCGCAAACGUCGAAAAUCAGCGCACUCGAUCUGGCUGGCAUUUUGAAUACGCGGCGUCGUCUCGAAUGGACCAAAGAGUGGCUGCGAAAAAAUCAAUCGGAAUUUCUCAGCAAAGAGAAUCUGCUCAGCGAGCUGCAGUCGCGCAAGGACGAGUGCUAUCAUCUGAAUUACUUCCUAGCCAUAACUGAGAGCCAGUUUCGGUAUCUGGUGCAGAAACUGGAGCCCAUCAUCAGUCAGUAUGCGCCACAGCGCAAAAAGAAAUCCUUCAGCGCUGAGGAGCGACUGGCCAUAACGCUCAAGUAUUUGGCAACGGGUGAAGUGCAUUCUUGUCGAAACUACUGCUUCCGUGCCUCCAAAUUUGUGAUAAACGAAAUGAUUGCCAAUAUCUGUCUGGGCUUCUACGAGCACCUCAAGGACCAAUACGUGACACUACCAAAGACUGAUGAGCAGUGGCGAAACGCUGCCACCGAUAUGGAGCGCAAACACAACCUGCCCCAGUGUGUGGGCAAUCUAUUCAUGCGCAGCAUUCAGCUCCAAAACAAUGUUAGCAGCAACGAUGAUCGCAAACGUGCCGCCGCCGUCAUCUUUACGGCCAUCGUCGAUGCGGACAACAAUUUCCAAUAUGUGAAAGUGGAGCGUGCGACAAAUAGUCGUCCCAAUGAUAUCUAUAACCAGACCACUGCCGUUGAGCUAAUCGAGCGCAAAAUGCAGACACUCGAGGCGCAAUCGAAGCCCCAACACAAAGGUUACUAUUUGGCCGGUGAUGCGGUGCUGCCGAGCACAUCCUACAUGGUCAGCACACGGAACAUAGCCAAGGAGAGUGCUGCGUAUGAGGCGCUCGAACAGAUCAAUGCUCAUGCGGAGCAAACGAUGCGCAUAUUGUGCAAUAUAUUCCCAAUACUAGCGCAGCCAUUGCGCGUCAGCGAGAAACACAUCGGCGAGGUGGUCCUGGGCUGUGUGGCUCUCUACAAUUUCCUGCGGAAGACGGACGAAUCGUUUCGGCGCAACAGCGACAGCAUAGUGCAACAACGUGGCGGCAUCGAGCAGCAACAACCCGCCUAUGUGGACAGUGAGGAUAUCGACGAAGAUUGCAUAAUGCUGGCCACCGAGGAGGAGUUGCGCGAACGUGCCGAAUUCACGCCAAGCGUUUGCCCGACGACCUGCUUUCAGACGCUGGGCGCCCAGCGUGGCGAUACGCCCGAGGGCCAAGCCAAGCGAGACUGGCUGCUCCAGCUGCCCAUUGUGGGUGCACAGCAGCAGAAUGGCAAUGGCAACAGCAAUGGCAAUGGCAAUGCGACUACGAAUGGGAGUUUAUAUUAGUAUAUUAGUGAAAUUUUAAUCUAAGUACUUUACGAAUUUUUGUAUAGUUCCUUGUUUUCUAUUUCUAUUUACUAAAUCUUUAUCGAUAACUGUAUCUGAAUUGGCAUUAGCAUUGGUUAUGUUGCUAAACAAAACAAAAAACAGACCAUAGUUGUUUGCCUCUUUCUCGAUUUACUAAUGCAUUAAGUGAGCUGUUCUUUUGCUUCUGUGCUUCUCGUAAGGUUCUGUAAAGUUAGUAUAGGCUCUUUAUCUUAUUUUAUUUUAUUAGGUUUUUUCUCAAUUAUGUUUUUUUUUUUGAAAGUUCAGUGAAUGCUAUGUGAUGUCUCAAAUCUCUAUUGUGGCCCAGUGCUCCCGGGGAGCUUUUGUGCAUGAUAAGGCGUGCAAAGAUGCGAGAGAUGAAAGAAAACAAAAAUAUAAACAAAAAGAAAAACACAAAACGACAAAAAAGAAAUAAGAAAACAGAUUAACAAAAUUAAAAGUUUAGUAUUCG